AUGUACAUUCGACUGUUUCUCGGUCAUUACUUUCAUACUGACGAACCGAAAAUUGUCUCGAAUUUGAAGAGAGUGUAUUGUCUGGUCUUUGUAUUCCUCUUCACCAUAUUCUUCACUUACAAUUUGGAAAUCGAUCUUGUCACACCUGACUUCUAUAUCCCAAUAAAAUUUGGAGUACUAAUUAUCUUAUCGUUCUUCUUCGAAACGUCCAUUAUUGAACAGAUCAUGUGCGUCAAUUCUGUAUAUUAUAAGUUCCACGGAUUUCAAGAACGCAUAUCCUGCCGCGUGUUGCUUUAUCAGCUUGCAGAAUUCAUUGUUGUUUUAAUUAAGACUGGAAUUUACCUGUUUGCUCUACGCGAACCACCCGGAUCCCCUUUACUGGACAAUGUGAUUAUAUUCUCCAUCGGUUUUUCGAACUUCCCAAAGGUUUUCUUUCUAGAUCUCAUAUACGAGGCAAUGAAGAGCUUGAAGCGAUCUCUUCAGAAGAAAUCGACAACUUUGAAUGCUAUUGGACGAGAUGAUAUAAAUUACGAAAUACUAAUGAUGAAGCAAGAUUUGUUUGCUUACAAGCGACUUAUGAAUCGAUUCGAAAUCGCCAGUGUGGAGUUGCAGAUCGGGGAAACAGCCAACUGCUUAGUCGCGGUGCUUGACUUGAUGCAUAUAUUUUUGUCACUAUUCGCACUGCCCGUCACAUCAGAGCUGAUCACAACAGAACAGGAACUAAUCCUGGAUAUUUUGGCGAAGCAAAUGGAUCGAUGCCUCGAUAAAUCAUUGGCAAGGCAGAAACAGAGAGUGCGGAACUAUAUGAAAGUGCGUCCCUACGAGUUCUACAUAUUUGGAGCCACUAGAGUCGAUUUAGCGAUGCCACUAAAAUUCAUUGUAUUUUGUGUUAGUCACUUGAUAGUAUUAAUACAAUUAAGACUUAAGAAGUAG